AUGAUCUCAUCUCUCUCUCCCACAGGAAAAGCAGAUACCCUCUCCGAAACCGCUUUCGAAACCGCCCGUCGUGAGGCCUGCGAGGAAAUCGGACUACCAGACAUCAACCAGACCCUUCCGCCUCCGUUUGCCGUAGAGCAUCUGUGCGAACUACCAGCGAAUCUAGCCAAAACGGAACUGGUGGUGCGACCCUGUGUGGCACUGCUUCAUUCGUUUGACCCGGCGACGGGAAUGAAUGCUGAUCCCGAGACCGAGUUGAUUCCUCGUCUGGAUGCUCGUGAAGUCGCCGCGGUAUUCACGGCACGAUUCGAUGACUUUUUGCGGAUCAAAAAUUCGCAGGGGAGAGGAGAGGGGGAUUGGUACAAGGGAUCGUGGAGUUUGUGGCAUAAUAGCAAUUGGCGAAUGCACCAAUUCUUUGUCUCCAAUGCCGACCACGCCGUCCGACCACGCAGUCCGGGUAAUCAGACCCAAAACGCCGCGGUGGAAACACUGUCCCGACAAGAAGAAAGUGGACAGGUCCCGCACUAUCGCGUGUUUGGGAUGACGGCUCGGAUGCUCGUCGACGCGGCCCGGGUGGCCUAUGCGCGGGAUCCGGGAUUCGAGCAUAAUAGCCAUUUUGGAGACGAGGAGAUGAUCUCGAAGCUUCGACGGCUGGGAAGGUUGAGUGAGAAGCGUCGGCCGGGCGAGGAGUUGACUCGGGAGACGAUGGAGCGGGCGGCCAAAUUGAGUUAG